UCCCCCGUUUCCCUCACUCGCCCCCCCCUCGCAGCGCCGCCAUGUCGUUUCGCCCCGCCCUUAGAGCGCCCUUCGCCCCCGCCUUUAGGGCGUCCUCCCUGUGCACCCUCCCGCGCGCCGUUCCGCCCGUCGCUGCGCCCCGGGAAGCGGCGGAUUUCACAGAAACCUCCAGCUCUGCCGGUGUCAGGGCGAGUCGCACAUUCUGCUCGAGCGUUGCGGCGGCUCCGCGCAGCGCGUCGUCGCUGGCGGUCAGCGUUCACGCGGCGCUCGCCCACCGUGCCUCGUCCACUAGCUCACAACCUUGCAUAUGGAACCCGCUCAAAACUGCCACGUCAGCGCAGAACAAUCUCCGCGGGGCGCGGAGGCAAUCAGGCGGAAUCAGGGGGCUGCGAUCCGCUGGUCGCGCGGACGCGUCGGCAGCACCAGGGGAGGUUGGCGCGGGAGUGUCGCACGGGGGUGGCAGCAGCGCAUGGUCCGUGGAGCUGGUGCCGUGCCUCACAGAUAACUACGCCUACCUCAUCCGUAAUGUCGCCACAGGCACCGCGCUCGUUGUUGACCCCUCGGAAGCCGCGCCCGUGGCGGCGCGGCUAGAGGGGGGUGAGGGGCAGACGGGCGGCAAACUGGCGGCGGUGCUGUGCACGCACCACCACUGGGACCACACGGGCGGCAAUUUGGAGCUAAAGGACAGAUUCGGAGCCACGGUCGUUGGCCCGGCUGCAGACAGGGACCGCAUUCCAGCCAUUGACGUGGCGCUAUCAGAUGGUGACACGUGGCAGAUAGAGGGGCUGGAGAUGCACGUGCUGCACACACCCGGCCACACAAGAGGCCACUGCGCGCUGUACUUCCCGUCCCUGGCGGCGCUCUUCACGGGCGACACGCUCUUCUCCCUGGGCUGUGGCCGCCUCUUCGAGGGCUCCCCCGCGCAGAUGUGGGCGUCCCUCUCGCGCCUCGCCGCACUGCCGCCCGACACAAGGGUCUAUUGCGGCCACGAGUACACGCAGGCCAAUGCGCGGUUCGCCAUGGCAGUGGAGCCCAGCAAUGUGGCCCUCCAGCAGAGGACCCAAGGGGUCACCCGCUUGCGAUCGCAAGCCCUGCCCACUAUCCCCACCACCAUGGGUGUGGAGGCGGCCACCAACCCCUUCCUGCGCCCGUCCAGCGCGGAGAUCCGAGGUGCGCUGGGAGUGGGCAGCGCGGCCAAUGAUGUGGACGUCUUCGCUGCGCUGAGACGCAUGAAGGACAACUUCUAGGCUCCACCGUUGCGCCUAUACCUUGUAGAUGCAUGUGGACCAUGAUGUGCUCUCGGUAGAAAAUGGCAGUGCUGCUAGUGAUGUGGGCAUCUUGGCGGCACUCCAAGUCUUCGGCACAUGAACGAUAGCUUCUACCUUGUAGCGCCCAUUCCAUGCCCUAUGCACACUGUGGUAAGCUGCUGCACAUAAAGCGCUCUUUGUUUC